AUAAAAGCAAAGGGAGAGGAAAAGAUAGGGGGUGGGAGAAAACAAGACAAUUAAAAAGAUUGACAGGUAGCUCCUCUGUCAGGGCUGACGCUGGCGGAGAGGGGAGGAGUAAAAAUGUAGCAGGAAAAGCCACUCGAUGCGUCUGUCGAUCAGUUGAGUCUGUCUGAAACAGCUUCCAGAUCCACCGCCUCACAUCGCUCCUGGACUUUCCACACCUUUUUUUUCUCUCUCUCUCUCUUUAAACCACCUCUUUUCAUCUGAAGACAAAUAUUCUUCAUUUCGCGUCGAUCUGAUCGGGUGGUUUUUCUUUCUUGUUUUUUUUUUUCUGGGGCGGGAGAGGGCGAAGCUUUGGAUGUUUGUUCCUCUCUUUUUCAUCGCAUCAACAACCACCCCGUCCUGAAAAAAAAAAAAAAAAAAAGAGAAAAAAAAAAGAUGCGAUGAGAUGAGUGGCUGAGAUCUUUCUCACGACUCUUAAACCGUGUGUGGCAGGAGAAAAGAUGGAAACACGCGGAUGUUUGACUCAUUUAGUUGGACUUAUUUGCGUGAAAUAAUUUCUCUUGGCGUGCGUCAACAGACGCAGCAAACUGUUUACCCCUUAACUCCAAACAGGACUGAAGAGAGAAGUUUUAUUUGUUUAUUUAUUUUUYCAGGGGUGAACUGAAACUUCAGUAGUUUUGCUGCUCGUGUUUCUUAUUUUUAUUUUUUUAAAUCUUGCCAUGAGAGAGAUGAAGGAAGAUGACUUCUGAUGGGCACCGGGGUGUUUGGAGCUGCUGGCCGAAUCCCUCCUGAUCGUUUCCCAGUUUCCUCCAGCCAGUUCGAAAAGACACUUAAAGGCCCCCCACCUCCACCUCCACACUUCCCCAUCCCUCCACACCUUCUCUCUCCUUCGGGAUGAUUUUUUUUUUCCAAACUGAGAGACUUGAUUUGUUUGUAAUUUCUGCAUGAGAAGCUCCGUGGAACGUGACGGUCACUAUGCCGAGGAGAAAGCAGCAAGAGCCGCGUCGAUCAGCAGCAUAUAUGCCUGAGGAUGAGCUUAAGACAGUCGCUCACGAUGAGGAGGAGCACCUGCAAGAUGAUGGCCUCUCAUUAGAUGGCCAGGACACAGAAUUCCUGUGCAAUGAGGAAGAGGAGGAUGUGGAUGGAGGCCAGCCACCUAGCUACAGGGACUCUCCACUUAGCAAUGGUACUAACCCUGAUGCUGGAUAUGGCUCUCCCCUUAGUGAUGCCAGCGACCGUCUUGCAGACUUCAAGAGCACCUCCUCCAGGGACGGUCAGGAGAGGGAAGGCCUUGCCCUGCCUUUUCGUCCCAACAAUGGACUGUCUUUCCAGGACAGCCUGGCAAAGAUGAAAGCUGUCUAUGCAAAUCUCAUCUCGGAUGCCUCUUGGUCUAGCAUUACAAUGGACAUCAUGAAGUCUAAGCCUGCUGCUGCUGCUGGCAGUGUCAAUGCUACGCUACCGACUCCCGAGUCAGUCUCUGCUGCCUCUGCCUCCUCAACUACAACCACAAAUAAGAGCAGUGGGAUCAACAUGGCCAGCAGUCACCACAAUAGUAAAAGCUCCGCUGUCACUGUCAACCAUGCAGGCAGCGUGAGUGCCAAUACCAAUGGCACGACAGCUAGCUCUGCUAGCAACCACAGUGCAAUCAGCAGCAGUGGGAGCAGCAGUGGAGGGGCCAGCAAUGGGAGUGGUGUGGCCUAUGACUGGCACCAAGCAGCACUUGCCAAAACUCUUCAGCAAACACCCUACCAUCUUUUACCCGAGCCUAGCCUCUUUAGCACAGUGCAGCUUUACAGACAGAACAACAAGCUUUACGGCUCUGUUUUCACUGGUGCAAGCAAGUUUCGCUGCAAAGACUGCAGUGCUGCCUAUGACACACUGGUGGGUCUGACAGUCCACAUGAACGAGACRGGCCACUAUCGAGAUGACAACAAGGACAAGGAGGAGGAUCAGGGUAAGCGCUGGUCCAAACCACGCAAGCGUUCCUUGAUGGAGAUGGAAGGGAAAGAGGAUGCCCAGAAAGUGCUGAAGUGCAUGUACUGUGGCCACUCUUUUGAGUCUCUACAAGAUCUCAGCGUUCAUAUGAUUAAGACCAAGCAUUACCAGAAAGUGCCUCUCAAAGAACCAGUGCCAGCCUUGGCUACAAAACUGGUGCCAACUUCAGCUAAAAAACGUGCUAUCCAAGAAGCUAUUGUCUCCCCGUGCUCCCCAGACUCUGUCCAUGCUGGUAGUGGUGGCGGUAGUGUAUCCCUUGGUGAUUUAGGCAAAGACUCAAAAGCUGCAGCUAACCCUUAUGUGACACCAAACAACCGCUAUGGCUACCAAAAUGGUGCCAGCUACACAUGGCAAUUUGAAGCUCGUAAAGCUCAGAUCCUUAAGUGCAUGGAAUGUGGGAGCUCCCACGAUACAUUACAGCAACUGACUGCCCACAUGAUGGUUACAGGUCAYUUUUUGAAGGUUACAAACUCUGCAUCUAAGAAAGGCAAACAGCUGGUCUUUGAUCCAGUGGUGGAAGAAAAGAUUCAGUCAAUACCACUUCCACCAACCACCACACGACUCCCUGUUCCUAGUAGUGUUAAGUCCCAGCCGGUGUCCCCAGCUCUCUCCUCUGGAUCAGAGGAGAAGAGGGAAGGAAUUGAGGAUGAAAAGGUUGAAGGAUGUGAGCCAGUGGAAAGAAAAAUUAAGGAGGAGAAAGAUGACUCAAGUGAGAAAUCAGAAACCGAUACUACGUCUUAUAAAUACCUUAGAGAAGAAGAUCUGGAGGAGACGCCUAAAGAAGGUUUAGAUAUUCUUAAAUCAUUAGAGAACACUGUAUCCAGUGCCAUCAGCAAGGCCCAGACAGGCACGCCCACAUGGGGUGGCUACCCUAGCAUUCAUGCUGCCUACCAACUGCAGGGUGCCAUGAAGAGUUCAGCUACUGUUCUGCCCUCAACAGUCCAGAGUGUUCAGAUGCAGCCAAUGUUUAACAGUGGUCUACGAGGUCUUGUAAGUAACCCUAACUCAGUCAUCCACUCACCUCGAAGUCCUUCCUCCCCAACCCCCCUCAGAAGUAACGUGAGCGCCAUGGAAGAGCUUGUGGAAAAAGUGACAGGAAAACCUGCCACCAUUAAGAAAGAAAAGGAGGAGAAGAUGGUGAGCCUGGAACGAUGUCGACCUCCAUCAGUGGUAAAAUCUCCUUCUCCUGCACUGAGAGAGCAUUUACCAUCUCCAAAUGACCUCUCUGUCGGUAAAUCAUCUGGUAUGAGAAGUGUCAGCCCAGGAAGUAUAGACUCAGAGAUUAUCUGUAAAAAGGARCCCAAAGAAAGCCUUGUGGAUGGCCACAACAACCAUUCAAAGAAUGGCUCUGAGGCGUGCCGGUCUCCUGUAAUGAACGGCAGCAGUCUUGGCAUUAUCACUGAUCACUCGCCUGAGAGUCCUUUCAUCAGCCCUCUCAGUGCCCUCCAGUCAAUCAUGAAUACACAUCUGGGGAAGGCUUCUAAACCGGUAGGCCCAGCUGCAGAUCCACUGUCUAUGCUUUACAAAAUCAGCAACAGCAUGAUUGAUAAACCAGCUUUCAACCCAACUCAGGGCAAAUCAGCUGAGCCCACCAACCACUAUCAGCUAUACGAAAACGAUGACCAGCCCAUAGACCUGAGUAAAAACAAGUCCACUACUAACACCAACAGCAACAAUAACAAUAGCAGCUGUAUGCUUUUGACCAACAAUAGUGUAAACGGCAACAAACCCCUUAUUUCCCUUCCUGAAUCUGUCUCCUCUCCUCUACGAGAGAAUGCUCUGAUGGACAUUUCAGAUAUGGUAAAGAACCUCACAGGAAGGCUGACACCCAAAUCUUCAACUCCUUCGUCCAUCUCCGAGAAGUCAGAUGCUGAUGGCAGUGCAUUCGAGGACGCCCUGGAGGACCUCUCUCCGGUGCAGAAGAGGAAAGGGAGGCAAUCCAAUUGGAAUCCGCAGCACCUCCUCAUCCUGCAGGCACAGUUUGCUUCUAGCCUGAGGGAGACUCCAGAGGGGCGGUACGCAAUGACUGACCUGGGCCCUCAGGAAAGGGUCCACAUCUGUAAAUUUACAGGUCUCUCAAUGACAACCAUUUCUCACUGGCUGGCUAACGUGAAGUAUCAGCUGAGACGGACUGGGGGUACCAAGUUUCUCAAGAACAUGGACUCAUGCCAGCCCGUGUUCCUGUGUGGUGACUGUGCGUCUCAGUUCAGGACUCCCUCCUCCUACAUCAGCCACCUGGAAUCUCACCUGGGCUUCAGCCUGAAGGACUUGUCCAAACUGUCAGCGGAGCACCUACGGGAGCAGCAGGCUGCCUCAAAGGUGAUCACAGACAAAAUGACAUUUGGCAGCCCACUGUCAGCCUUGACCACACCAGAGGACGACACGGGCUCUGUGUACCAGUGCAGACUUUGCAAUCGGACAUUCGUCAGCAAGCAYGCAGUCAAACUGCACCUUAGCAAGACCCACGGCAAGUCUCCAGAGGACCACCUGGUGUUUGUCACCGCGCUGGAGAAACUGGAGAAGCUUGACAAAAUGUAGAAAGUUUAAUCAAGUAAGUCCGUGAGCUGCUGAGGGGAAAGACUGACAGCUGUGGAACUGACUAAAUUUUCAUUGCACUAAAAAGACAUUGUUCACAGUUACUGCACUGGGCCAAAAUGAGCCUCCAGAAGAAGAAGAAAAAAAAUAUGUCUUACUAUUUUUAGUUGUGACAACUGCCUGAUUGGACCAUUUCUUUAAAAUGUUGUUUAUUUUCAUUUUGUUUUGCCAAGCCUUUUUUUACACUUAUUUUGUAAAAUAUUUAUAUGCUAUUUGUCUGAUCUGUGCAUGUAUUUUAGUGAAACAAGAUUAAACAAGAUUUUAUUCUUUUCAUGGCAAAAUACAACUACUGCUUCAAUAGUGUGAGUGGUGAGUGGAAGGAAGUGGUGGAAGAGAGAGAACUGUAUAGUACUUGACAAAAGGACAUUAAAUAUGUACACCAAAAGAUUGAAAUGAAUAUCCUUAAAGACUGAAGUACGGCRGCACCUUACACAGUUAAAUUUAGAAUUUGUGAAGAGAACAUGAUUUGAAACGUCCUGCAUUUGUCAAAAUCUGUUUAACAAAGAUCAAGGAUUAUCACACCCCUCCAUUGCUCUUCUCCUUGGUUUUUUGUUGCCACAAUGUUUUGUUUUUCUUCGAUGAUGAAUGGCCUGAUGAUAAAUCUGUCAGUGUAUAAAAAAGAAAAAGAACUUUUGGAAAAACUGAAAUGCUGCUUCUUGGUUACAGUCAAUCAAUGAAAGUGAAACACAUUUGUAUGCAAGAUUGCUCCAAAACAAAAAAGAAAAAAAAAAUCCUUGCUGUGAAGUAUCACUUUAUAGCAAUUUUCCAGUUGUAUGGUUUGUUGCAASUUUCUCUUUAUAAAAUUGUGUGGCGUUCUUCAGCUGUAAAGAGAUGAGUCUGAUCCAUGUAAAUGACCACCAGUGAAAAGUCAGUGCUCCAUAAGACAUAUCUUACCAUUUAAAAUGGCUCCAACAUUCUUUGUAUCUUAAGGUGUGUGCAUUCUCUAACUUUUAUAUUGUCAUUUUAUAUGCAAAAAGAAAAACAAAAUAAAAACAGAUGGUGUACAUAGAUAUAUGCUGUAGAGCUACAAAAUGUCAUUUUUUAAAGAAAAUACAAAGUAAGCUUCUUUGGCUCAGUUUACAGAAAUGAUUUUAAUUAUACUUGCAUCCAAUUUGGUGCAUGAAAUGGUGUGGAAAAUAAAUAAGCGAUGCACAAUGACUAUACAUUUCAAUGUUUUGUUGACAAUAUUGUAAAAAAAAGAAGAAAAAAAAGAAAAAAAACAAAACAACUUUUUAGCACCAGUUGGUUUGUUUCCUUUUUUUCUCAAUUGUAAAAUAAACCCCAAAGCAGUUGGUAACAGUCAUA